AGGCUCCUUUAUAUAACUUCGGUGUACCGUUCGCUAUUUAAAAGAGUAACCAGUUUGGCUUUUAAAUGCCGUAAAAUGUUGAACCGCGCUCAGCUGUACCGGAAAGACGUCACGUAUAUUUGAACAGUCCAGUGCUGGCAUCUGUGACGGGAGCGAACGAAAUUUCACGAGUCUGACCGAAGCAGUCAGUCGCGGUCGCCAUUUUGUCGGGUAGUCAUCGGGUACGUCGUGUUUCUUUCGGGUUGCCUGUGUUUUUUGGGGCAAGCACCGCCGAAAAAUUUGGGGUACGGCACUCACGUACGCUCCCCCAAAUGGCUUGUCUGAAUACCCUUAAGCAGGAGAUCAAAACUCUUGAGUCCGUCUUCCCUAAGAGCCAUGAGAGAUUUCAGAUAAUGUCUGCGAGUGUGGACGAACUCAGCUGCAGGUUCGUCGGUAAAAAUGGGAAGAAAUACGAAAUACACGCCAAUAUCACAGAAACUUACCCCUCUACGCCACCAGUAUGGUUUGCAGAAUCAGAGGAAACUAGUGUCACAAAUGCGGUACAAAUUUUAAGUAAUACCACAGGCCGUGACAACCAUGUCAUUAACCAAGUUGGGAUUCUCUUGAAAGAAUUAUGUAGACUCCACUCAUUACCAGAACCGCCUGACGUUGAACGAUUAAGAACAGCUUUGGAUCCAUUGCGCUUAGGAGGACCAAAUGAAACCGCGGCGCAAAGGAUGGAAGCCGAUGAUGUCGAAGAUAUCGACGAAGAUGAGGAAAGUGAAACUGAGGAAGAUCUCCAUUUAGACAUGGACGAGGGAGAUGCGAACGCGAAGAGUAAGGGCGAAGAAAUGGAUCUGGAGCAUCUUGCGACGUUAGAAAGGUUGAGACAGAAUCAAAGACAAGAUUACUUAAAGGGUUCUCCCUGUGGGAGCGUGCAAGCCACGGAUAGACUCAUGAAAGAAUUGCGCGACAUUUACCGAAGCGACAGUUUCAAAAAAGGAAUGUACAGCAUAGAAUUAGUAAAUGACAGUUUGUAUGAAUGGAAUAUCAGGUUGAUGUGCGUUGAUCCCGAUUCGCCUCUACAUAGCGAUCUCAUACUUCUCAAAGAAAAGGAAGGCAAAGAUAGUAUUCUUCUCAACAUGCUUUUUAAGGAAACGUAUCCAUUUGAACCUCCAUUCGUCAGAGUUGUACAUCCCAUGAUUUCUGGCGGAUACGUCCUCAUAGGAGGCGCUAUUUGCAUGGAGCUCUUAACAAAACAAGGUUGGAGUUCAGCGUACACAGUGGAAGCGGUCAUCAUGCAGAUAUCGGCGACAUUGGUGAAGGGAAAAGCGCGCAUACAGUUUCAAGGAUCUGGCGGUGCUGGCAAAGUAUGCGGUGGUCAAGGUCAAUACAGUCUAGCACGUGCACAACAGUCAUUCAAGUCUCUUGUACAAAUACAUGAAAAAAAUGGUUGGUUUACCCCUCCAAAAGAGGAUGGCUAAUGAACAUGAAUCAGGGAAAAAGAAAAGUUUGACGCGUGCUUACAGCUGGGACUUUAAUUCGGUGUGUGCCCAACAAAUAAUUGUUACAAUAAUGAUUUAAUACACAAAACACAACAUUAACUAGGUAACUUAAGAUACUGAAUUAAUCUAAAGCAUAAUUCCUUUGAUGGCUGAGAAGGCUGCCGCGCAAACAGUGAAGUGUUUGGUUCCGUAUGCAUAGAUUUUUCAGUAAUUAGUGAUUAGAUCGCCAAUCGCAUUUGUAAAUGUGAGAUAUGAUCAUUUCAUCUGGAAUUGAUUCUUACGUUCGGAAUUACUAAGAAUCGUAAUUAUUCCAAAUAAUAUUAAUCUUAGUUUCUUUCAUUUUGCGAGUAUACAUGUUGUACGUACGUACGAAACAGUGUAAACAUUCUGUGAAAUGCGUCUGCGCAAUCCGUGCUUCCUGUCUUUUCAACAGGGCGGGCGCCGCGUUGGUUAGCAACUUAGAUAGUUAUAUUGAGAAUUUUUUUAAGUGUUUUUUUUAUCAUUGAGAUCUUUCAUUCGUUUCAUUCUAUCUUAUUAUAUUUCAAUUCUAUCAUUCACCGUGCAAUUCAUUGAUAAGUUGUUUGGGUAUAUACAUUUGUUAAAAGUAACCAGUAAACGAUUAAAUAUGUGAAUAGCGAUGUUUCUGGGGGUAAAAACGAAUUUUGUUAUAGUCUUUCGUAUUUAUCGGAUGAUUUUGUUCACCGACGAAUCUGGUUUAGCCAAGGGAACGAGCACACAACCAAACCACACUGCGCGAAGUAUCUUUACGUACGACAUACAAUUUUCAUAACCUUGUAUCUUGCAGUUUAACUCUAGAGAUUCUAGAGGGUAUGGCAUUAGUUACAAUCUUCUUAAAUUAUCCACUUGAUACAGAAACGAAGAGUAUCUUAACCAAUACUAAUUUGUUCUAUUCAGAUAAAGAGAUCGUAAAUUUCUCAUGUAAAAAAUAUUUUUUUACACUUUUUAAGCAGUCAGUCUCGCAGUGCUAGUUACUAAAAAUAAUGAUUGUAGAUACAUCUCAUAAUUUACGUUGCAUAUACCAUAUUUAUCAUUCAUAUUUAAUCUGUAACUAGUAGUAUGGUGGAACAUUUGUCGAAAAUUCUAAACAGCUUUGAAUGAUCACGUUUUACAUUUUCGAUCGUAUUUGUACGUGUAGGGAUCGCAUAGCAAUAUUAGGUAGUGUUAUAUAUAUUUCCUUAAUAUAACUGAAUAAAAUAAAUAAGGAUUGUAUAGAUGUACAUACAUACGUUCGUAUAUUGACAUCUUGAAAGUGCUCUUUGAGUCCAGUUUUUUAAAUCGCGGAAUAAACAUGAUGAAUUGAACAAAAAGAAUGUAACAUAUGGUUGUGUGACUCGUUUAGUAUGACUCAAUUUUGUUAUUAUCGUCUUACAAAGCGAUUGAUGUGCUUGAAAUUGACACGAAAGUUUGGUUCGUGUGUUGGGCGUACGCUUAAAAGAAUUUUUAGUAGUAUAUAUAUAUAUAUAUAUAAAUAUAUAUCGUGACAUGGAUUAGCAAUUCAAGAUCUAUUUACAUGGUGCAUUGAACGAGAAAUUUAACGAAUAAUGAAUGAAACUUAUUUGUGCCACGGUAGAGUUUACGCUGGCCAGUUAACGAAACGAAUAAGACAUAAUUAACCCUUUGCGCUCGAGAUAUCUCGCCACAGUUCAUACCAACAGUUUCCAAACUCGCACGAUGCUAUAGAGGAGGCUCUCAAGCGCAAACGGUUAAAGGAAACACUCGUACAUUAAUGGCUAGGAUCGCAAGACGAGUAUCGUUUUUUUUUUCUUUUAUAAAUUAAUACACGCGUAUUAUUAGACUUGUAUUUUUGAAAUUUACGAGACUAUGGCUAUCCUUGUACGUCUUUCUUCAUGGAACGUUUCUUUAUCUAGGAACGGAUCUUCUUCGUUAAUAUAUGACAUUACGAACUUCCGUUGUCUAUUUCACGAUGAUUCGAUUACUAGUUGAUAGUAUCGAUGAAAUUACAUAAUGGCCAAAGUAUUGCGUAUACGUUUUUUUCAUAAGCGAAUUUCAACUUUUUAACGAUUAUUUCUUUCGCGUAAUCGAGAGUAUUUGAUUUCACUCCCAGAACGUCUAUGCGACUUGUUUCGUACAUACAUACAUUACGUACAUAAACACAUGUAUACAUACAUGUACACACAAAGACACAACCUCGUAUAGACACACGCGUACAUCCAUGCAUAUAUACAUUCAUACACAUGCUCCGAUUCGUGUAUAUAAAUAUACAUAUUCCGUUCCUUGCGUUUCAUCUUCGUACGUUGUCCAUACGAUAACUUCAUUAACGCAUACCGCGAUGGAUACCUUCGAGUGUCGGCGCAUUCGUUCGAUCCUGAUGACUGGAAUCGCACGAGACCUUCAACAAGAGUACCGUUCAUUGUUUAUUAAACACGAAUCCGCAAUCUCUCGACGCAUCGAUACACCGAAUCGCAACGGGGAACAUUAGCAUUAUUGUAUUCUCUGAUAAGACGGCCAGCAACCGUACGAAGAUGAAGUGGUACAUAUGUUAUUGGCAAUAACGCAUGUACGAUGAUGCAUCCGUAAAUAUAAUUAUUGGACUAAUCGAGCGGAGUAGCAUGGGUUACUAGUUUUGUUCGUGGUGUAAUUAAACAAAUCGUUUGUGAAAUUCGUGCGAUCAGUAUCGUAAUGAUAUCUAGAUUUUAAGUGUAAGUGUACAAUCAACGAGCUCAUUGUCGGUGGGCAUCAAUGAUUUGUACAGCCGCGCCCUACUGACAGUGAGCGUUGGUUGUUCGACGUCGUUAACCGUUAUGUUCUUUCUCAGAAAAAGAAAAAAAAUAAGCUUUCCUUUCUCUUGUGUCUGUUAAGUUUUUUCUUCUUUCUUGUAAGAACUUGCGAAGCGUAUAUAUUGUAAGCCGCCACGUGGCCUGUAUAUUUUUGCUACAAAUAUCGUUAGUAGUACCGUUUCUAAAACGUUCAAACGUUCUUGCGUUUCUCUCUCUCUCUCUCUCUCUCUCUCUCUCUCUCUCUCUCUCUCUCUUUCUUUUCUUUUCUUUUCCUUUCGUUUUUUAAUUCGUGUUGCGUUCUAAAGAAAGCCGAAAGAAAAGUAAUACACCGAUGUAAGAGGACACAUCAUAAACGGAUUAAUGAUUUAUAUAUCGAUCAACGUACACGAAUCGAAUGCGAACGUUUCUCAGCUGUUAAACUAAACGAAGAUCUUAGUGGAUGCAAAAGUAACGAGAAUUUUCAUACGGAAAUGAAGCACCGAGUAUCGUACAAGUAUUUUUUAUCCAGUGGUACAUCAACAAUCAAUAAAAAACAUUCUGGCCAUUUGGAACUGAAGUUUAAUUUCUUUUUCUGUCGCGAGUCUGGAACUAUAUCGAGAUAAUAUCAAGCUUGAAUAAAUAUAAGAUCCCCGUUGAAUCAAGAGUUUUAUUUAACCCAUUCAGCCUUCGUUAAUUUUACGAUUCGCGUCGAUCGAGCUGCGUCCUUAUAAUCUGUCCAAGACUGAGAACUACGAGUCGUACUCGUGGCGAUGCGUUUUUGGCCUAGGUCAAUCGCUACGAGACGAACUUAUAGUUUAGGCUGAAUGGGUUACCGCCACAAAGAAAUUCUCCUCACUCUUGCAUCGACGCGUUUAUUCUACGCAAAGUAAAAAGAAGUAAUAGUCUAAGAGACAGUGAUAACUUUACUUGCGUUAUUUUCAAAUGAAGAUAACUUUCUUUUUAUGAAAGUAUAAUAACCAGGAUGAUAAAAACUGUCGUUAAAAAAAGACAAUGGAGUUACGUCUAUGUAUGUGCAUUUAUGCAAAAUGAAAUAACAUCGUUGUUAUAAUAAUUGUAGAAUAUAUUCAACGUACAUACAAAUCAGCGGUAUAGUUAUUAUACUUUCAUAAAAAAAAGGGUUGUUUUCGUUCGAAAAGGAUGUAAGUAACGAUGAUGUUAGUUUGCAAAGGGUUAAACGAAUUUUCGACUUUUCACGGUGAUUUACGGUGGACUUUCGAUACGAAGACUGAUUUAAUGCCGGAACCAUCGCGUUCCUCACUUCCACGCCGCGUUGUCAUCGACGUGCGACGCUUAUCUCACCAUCGGAUUGGUACAAACAAGUAGCGCAGAAACAAUCGGCCUGUAAGCAUUAAAGCUAUCUUUUUUAUUCACUUGACGGUGUAAACUAAAAAAAAAAAGAAGAAGAAAAAAGAUACCACUGGCGUUCCGAUCACGAUAACGAACAGCCCCCCCUCCCCCCUGUCGACAGUUUAGAGGUAUGCAGUCCCCGAAUGUAUUUGUGGCAAAAAUAGUGAGUUCGUUAGAGUGUCUGUAAUUUUUCGUUUCUAUCUGUUGCCUUCGGAGUAUCCCGACACUAGCGUAAAUUGCUUCCCAUCACGACUCACACGUAUAGUCGCACGUUUUUACGUUCGAUCGAUCGACUUCAAUCGUUAAUCGGAAAAGCAGAGACGAGCAAUUUAUUCGUACAACGGAUGACGAAUAAAAGCAACCGUACGUAGCGAUUUAUUCGUGACGUUUACACGCGUUCAUUGUGAAAUAUUUCAUUCGGUAACGGAAACACCAGUAUUUAUUCUACGUGUCACGAAUAAAAAGUUGUUGAUCUUUUAUUCGUUAUCGGAAAUUUUCGGUCAGUUAAGAAUUUUGCCCAUCUCUGCAGGGAGACAAUCUUUUGAUUUGUCAGUAGGACACGUGGUUCGCGCGGGACGCGUAAUCGAGCGAAAAAAAAGAGAACGCCUAAUUUAAGCGUGGAGAAUUCGAAGGAAACGAUAUUUGCGUAAUCGAUUACAAUAGUUCCGUCGUAACCUCUGUCCUUGGAUCGUUAUCCAUCCAGCCACCGGCUAUAAGUAUACAAAACUUUGUGUACCGUGUUAUGUAUAUGGCAUCACUUAAUUCUCGUAUUGUACUUUUUUGACGAAGGCUUCGAGCAAAAGGGCGUCGUUCGUAUCUCGAUCCGCGACAGACACUUUUUUCCCCUCCCUUUUAUUUGCGACUAGAUGCCUUCGUAGAGGAUUUUCCGAGAAGCUUCGAAUGCGAACGACGCCCUUCGAGUCUAAAUCUGUAAACUUGACUUACCUUCUCCACUGUAUCAGCCUAUGUACCCAUCCAAUUAAUUAACCAAAUCGCCAAUCAAACGAUCGACUGAUCGCUUCAUCCCGUCGUCGUCAGUCUAUUAAUCUUAAGGUCAUUCUACGUGUCUUAAAUCUGCUCCGUAUAUAUGUCGUACACACCAUUUACCGAUUUGAGUGAAAAUUUCAAUGAUUCUAGUAUAACGACAUUAUACUUUCUCUCCCCUUUCUCUCUCCCUUCUCUAUCUCUGUCUUUCUUCUCUCACGCCGCAAUUUUUGCAUUACGUUACGUUUAUUAUUAUUUAGAAGAACGCUACGAAACACAGAAAAUAAAGAUUUUAAUAAAAAACAGA